UUCCGCGGGAAAAUUCAGUAAAUCCGAUGUGACAACUUUCUUGUAUGGAUUAUUAACAGAAGUUGAAGAAUAUUACUGGUUUAGCAUAUCAACGUUCGUCUGUGCAUGGUGUUUGUACAACCAACGGAACAAAAUGUCAAAGAAGAAAGGACUGAGUUUGGAGGAGAAGAGAACUCGCAUGAUGGAAAUUUUCUUUGAAUCAAAAGAUGUGUUCCAACUGAAAGACAUUGAGAAGAUUGCCCCCAAGACAAAGGGCAUAGCCCCCAUGACUGUGAAGGAUGUCCUGCAGAGCCUGGUGGAUGACAACAUGGUGGACUGUGAAAAAGUGGGCACAUCCAACUACUACUGGGCCUUCCCCAGCAAGGCCUUAAACACUCGCAAGCACAAACUGGGGGAGCUGCAGAGACAGGUUUCUGACGCAAAACAGCGAAAAGUGAAUUUAGAAAAAGUGGUUGAAAAGGCAAAAGUAGGACGCCAAGACACGGAGGAGAGAAGCUCCCUGUUGAAGGAGCUGCAGGCUCUGAGAGAAGAGCGAACUCAGCUGCAGGCCGAUUUGGAGAAGUACAGAGAGUGUGACCCAGAGGUUGUUGAGGAGAUGAAAAAGUCCAACGUCGUUGCUAAAGAAGCUGUUUCCAGGUGGACAGAUAAUGUUUUUGCCAUUAAGUCUUGGACAAAGAAGAAGUUUGCCUUUGAUGACAGCCAUAUUAAUAAAGCCUUUGGGAUCCCCGAAGACUUUGACUACAUGGACUAAUUGCUUUUCUGCCGUUGCUCAUGGACGCAGUAAGCAAAAUAUAAAAGAGCUUUAGUUUGAAGUGUUUGUACCUGGUCUCUGCAUUUCUAGUUUCAGGGAUUAAAAUAUAUAAAAAAAGCACCGGGAGCUAAGAUGGAUAUCUGUGAUUUUGCUGCACCAGAUGGAUUUAAACAGCAGAUAUGUUUCUUUGGUGCAACCAGAGAAGAGACUGAACUGGCCAUUAGUGGCUGUGAGGGGUGAGAGGUUUCUGUGAUGAACAGAACUCAGCAGCUGGACUUUUGGGACACCUGUUUGUGUGAAAACUAAGAACUCCAUGCCGAUGAUGGAAAAGAAUCAACACUUAAACCUGUAUGUUAUGCCGGAGAUCUAAUUGAUAUGGUUUAAGCAGAUGGCUUAGUAUCAUAUGCUGGUGCACCUUUUCCUCUAUAUUUUUUUGUAUUUCUUAAUAGGGGCAAAAGGAAAACCUAAAUGUAAAUAAACGCUAGUUCUAUUGAUUUAUAAGAAAGUUCUGUGGGAUAAUUACAGAGUAUGUGUUCUGUCUGAAAGUGCUGCAAAUUCAUUUCCCUUUUUUUGUAGAAUGACUUGUUUCUAAUAAAACAGCCCCUUUUUCAAACCAGUGUUUGCAGCUACAUGCAUUCAUUCAAAAACUUGUUAAACAGUAAACAAAUGCAUUUACGCUAGGCCCGCAAAUCUUUUGUGUUUUCGGUUCUUUACAAAUUGCAGCUGGAAUGUUGCAAAAUCAGUCGCAGGAGUUUUUUUUUUUUGAGCACUCACUUUCUGUUUGAACAGAAAAGGCACAUUGUUGUCCUGAUACGUCCAGAAUGACCCCUGCUUUAUUUUUUUUCCCCCUCCCUUUUUCUGUCAAACCAGAUGCAAAACAGGUAGUUGUGUGUUUUGUGCUUCCUCAGUGGCCCUGUUAUCGGGGCCAGUCUGUGUUGAUUUAAAUUAACUUUUCUUGAUUUAUUCUCCAGAUUUCUUACAAGCAAAGUAAUGAUGUGCAAACAUGUUUGUAGUUGGGUUCUUUGUAUUAUUAUUUGCAUAUGUUUCCUAAUGCAGUUUUUUUGCUUGUAAACCAUUAAAGGUAUGAUAUAAAUAAG